AUGAAUAAUGAGGCUGAUGAGGGUCUGAUUAUUGGCUACAUGUCCUCUCCCCCCUUCGCCCGUGCUACAUGUCCUCUUCACCCCCGCUACACGUCCUCUCCCCCCUUCGCCCCCGCUAACCCCCGCUACACGUCCUCUCCCCCUUCGCCCCCGCUACACGUCCUCUCCCCCUUCGCCCCCGCUACACGUCCUCUCCCCCUUCGCCCCCGCUACACGUCCUCUCCCCCUUCGCCCCCGCUACACGUCCUCUCCCCCUUCGCCCCCGCUACACGUCCUCUCCCCCUUCGCCCCCGCUACACGUCCUCUCCCCCUUCGCCCCCGCUACACGUCCUCUCCCCCUUCGCCCCCGCUACACGUCCUCUCCCCCUUCGCCCCCGCUACACGUCCUCUCCCCCUUCGCCCCCGCUACACGUCCUCUCCCCCUUCGCCCCCGCUACACGUCCUCUCCCCCUUCGCCCCCGCUACACGUCCUCUCCCCCUUCGCCCCCGCUACACGUCCUCUCCCCCUUCGCCCCCGCUACACGUCCUCUCCCCCUUCGCCCCCGCUACACGUCCUCUCCCCCUUCGCCCCCGCUACACGUCCUCUCCCCCUUCGCCCCCGCUACACGUCCUCUCCCCCUUCGCCCCCGCUACACGUCCUCUCCCCCUUCGCCCCCGCUACACGUCCUCUCCCCCUUCGCCCCCGCUACACGUCCUCUCCCCCUUCGCCCCCGCUACACGUCCUCUCCCCCUUCGCCCCCGCUACACGUCCUCUCCCCCUUCGCCCCCGCUACACGUCCUCUCCCCCUUCGCCCCCGCUACACGUCCUCUCCCCCUUCGCCCCCGCUACACGUCCUCUCCCCCUUCGCCCCCGCUACACGUCCUCUCCCCCUUCGCCCCCGCUACACGUCCUCUCCCCCUUCGCCCCCGCUACACGUCCUCUCCCCCUUCGCCCCCGCUACACGUCCUCUCCCCCUUCGCCCCCGCUACACGUCCUCUCCCCCUUCGCCCCCGCUACACGUCCUCUCCCCCUUCGCCCCCGCUACACGUCCUCUCCCCCUUCGCCCCCGCUACACGUCCUCUCCCCCUUCGCCCCCGCUACACGUCCUCUCCCCCUUCGCCCCCGCUACACGUCCUCUCCCCCUUCGCCCCCGCUACACGUCCUCUCCCCCUUCGCCCCCGCUACACGUCCUCUCCCCCUUCGCCCCCGCUACACGUCCUCUCCCCCUUCGCCCCCGCUACACGUCCUCUCCCCCUUCGCCCCCGCUACACGUCCUCUCCCCCUUCGCCCCCGCUACACGUCCUCUCCCCCUUCGCCCCCGCUACACGUCCUACCCCUUCACCUGUCCUUCUGUCAGAGGUGCCUGUGAUUGGUGGAUCUACUUUCGGAUGCUCCCUAGCCUGUCCCACCCAUGCAAUUCCUUACCGGCUAUGUGGGCGGAGAAUUGA